CCCCUCGGCCUCCUUCUCCUCAAAUCUCUCGCAACCACACUUCGGCCUGUGCUUCAGGGAACUUGGAACUUGAAGGCCGUGAGAAAGGGCUAAGACUUCGGUUCUUCGCUGAUUCAACUACUCCGAUUUGGUCAUUUGAUAUGAUUUUGCUGAGCAUCUGACGCAUUUUUCUCAUUGGUGUCACCCACCCACUAUUUUGAUUUUUGAAUCGAUGGCUGCCUUCUGUCUGCCACUGGGCACCCACUAAGCACUAAAGGGUCUUUCUUCCAGAAUUGUUAAAACAACCAGUACAAUCUCGAUGCAGAAAACAUCUUGAAGAAGAAAAAGUAAGCAAACCACCCAAAUGGUCAUGGAGGGUCUUUCUUCCAGAAUUACUAAGACAACGGGUACAACCUUUAAUGCCGAAAACAUCUUGAAGAAGAAGAGGCAAGCAAUCAUGCUCAUGCUUUCCAGUUGGCAAUGCCAAAUUCAUGAAAACCGUGAUGAAAUUGCUUUCUUUCUCUCUAUUUAUGUAAGAGGUCUCUCCCUUUCUUCGUGGUGAUACUCCAUUGGUUACAUUACCCUUUAUAAUCCAAGACUUGGAACCCUAAUAUUCACAAUCUCUCUUAUCAGAAACAAUUGAAUCGACUAUAGAUCUCUCGCAAGUUUUGAUCAUCUUAACCGAUUGAAGUGACUGGAAAUCUCUCGCAAGGAUUUGAAGAAAGAAAAUUUUCUGUUGUACAAGAUGAAGAAGCAAGGUUCGGCUCAAAUCUCCAUGGCUCAGAUUCUGGGGUGUUUUCUAAUAGUUUCUUAGGUGGUCGCCUGUGAAGGCUUCGACUGAGAGGCUAUGAGGGCAGCACAAAAAAGGGAUCAAGUUGUAAACCUUUCCGAACAACCUCCUGCGCGAUUCAACAACUACGCGGGUUGUGUUAAUCUCGGCAAAAAUAAUUCCAAAGCCCACUUUUAUUGGUUUUUUGAGGCACAAGUCGGAGCAGCUCAAAAGCCACUUGUGGUGUGGCUCAAUGGAGGACCUGGCUGCUCCUCUGUAGCAGAAGGAGCUGCCCAAGAAAUAGGUCCAUUUCUUCUUGAAGGACCUCAGUUUGUACUCAAUCCGUUCUCAUGGAAUAAAGCUGCAAAUAUGCAGUUCUUGGAGACACCGGUGGGUGUGGGCUUCUCCUACAGCAACAAUUCGAAAGAUUAUGAGCAAGUCAGGGACCAAAUUGCCGCGAAAGACAAUUUGGGUUUCUUGGUGAAUUGGUACAGAAGAUUUCCCAACUACAAACCAAAUGAGCUCUACAUUUCCGGUGAAAGCUAUGUUGGUAAAUAUAAUUAACCUCCUUAGUUUUACUUUCAUGAUCGGAGGUUGUCAACGCAAGUUCAACACUUGCUCCGCCUUUUGUGCAGCCAUCGGAACCUCUCGGUCUAUGGCUGCCGGAUUCUCAUUAGUUAUAAGCUUAUUGAUAUGUAUGUAAAAAAAAAAAAAGCCUUGAAAGCUAUUGAAGGAAACUUUGAACCUUCUUAGAAACUUAUUUUCAAGUGCAGUCAUGUUCCUGCUAUGUAUUAAUUUGUUCAUUUCAAUGCAAUUGCAAUUCAAUCAA